CCAUCAUCCAUCACUCACAAGCAAGGCAAGCCGACAGGCCGGUCAGUCAGUCACUUCAUCGGUCAGUCAGUGUCUCCAGAUCUUGAGGAUGCGGUCCUUCGAACCUGAGCAAUGAAGACAACCGACCACACACACACACACACACACACCACCCAUGAGACAGACACACACAUGGCUGCCAGUGCUGUUUCUUUUUGUGGCUCGGCUCACCCGACGCCACUCGUGCCCCAUCUGGGCUCCAAUCCACAGCGUACACCUACACACAUGACACAGAGAGAAAGACAUCGAAGUAAGAUUGUCCUGGUCCCUCUGCCCUCCCUCCCUCCAUCCCUCCCUGUGUGCGUCUGCGCGCAUGUCUGACCUCGUCGGCAUGGCCUGGCAGAUCCUCACGGAGCUUGCGCUUCAAGAUGUCCCAUACCUACAAACGCAUUCAUGCCAUGCACACCAUUGGCAUUUUCCUCUCGCGCCGGUCGUGGUGGGUGAGUGGCUGCCUUGCCCACCUUGACGGUGCUGUCUUUGCUGCCGCUAACGAGCAUGCGGCUGUCCGCCGACCAGCACACCUGGUACACGUCUCCCACGUGGCCUCGCAGAGUCGCGAUGAACUUGCCAGUCUUCCCGUCCCACAAACUGAAUGUACCACACACACACACACACACACACACAACAGGAAUCCCUUCUGACCAGCAGCGCAUUGCAGGGACUGACCGGAUGGACUUGUCGAAUGAGGCCGAGGCGAUGAAGCGGCCGUCGGGGGAAAAACUGACCUGAGCAGAUGGGUGACGGAUCGACAUACAGAUGCAUGGAGGUGACCUGGCAUGUGUGUGUUCGGUGGGUCAAGGGUCCCUGCUGACGUGGUUGACGACUUUUUGGUGUCCGGUCAUUCUGCAGAUGGGUUUGCGCGACUCGCCGGGCUGCCACAGGAACAUUGUGAAGUCGUCGGAACCGCUCAGCAGCCGCUCUCCACCACACUGACACGAGAAACCACACACACACACACAACACACAAUACAAUUCACAACACACAACACACACACGUACAGGAAGAGAAUGGAUGCAAUGACGUCUUUCUCACCGCCUUGACGCCCUCAUCGUAUCUGCUUUGCGCAGCCGAGCGCAUGGCAUCAAACGGUGAAAAGCUCUGCAGGGGAUCGUUGACGCAGAGAACAGACGCGUAAUGCAUUGCAAUGCAUCCCACUUGAGCUUUUACAGCGGAACACAGCACAGCGCAUGCCUGUGGGUUUUGGGGGUCGAAUGGGCCGCUCCGCAGGACGUGCUCGGUGUUGAGGGCCAGCGUGUUGACCCAAUGGGCGUGACCUGACCAACAGCCAAGCGAUAAGGAUCACGGGAGGGAAAGAUGCAGAUGUUCUAUAUUGAUUUUGUCUUACCCUUUAGUUCUUUGGUCAUUUUGCCGUUGUCAGGGUUCCACACCUUGACUGAUCGGUCACGAGAGGCGCUGUACACCAAGCCCUCAGACUCACCCGACCACCGAAUCUGGGAGAGAGACAGACAGACGGACACACACGGGGACACGCGAGAAGGGCAAGUCACGUUUUGUGUGCAGAUAGCUCGUUGUGGGUGUGCACACAGCACCUGUGUGACUGCAGCAGAGUGUCCCGAGAGGCAGAUGAGUGUGGUGCCCAACACAAUGUCCCACACCCUUAUCGUGCAGUCCUUCGACGCACUUAACGACAACACAUCCAUACAUAACACGAAACACACACACAUACAAAGGUGUCAGUCAGAUCGAAUUCGAUCGUCCCCUCUCCUCUCCCCCCUCUUGCUCGGUCCACCUACCCACCUGGCCAGUCUGGGCACUGUGCGUGAGGCGUCGGUGUCACUGCUCCUGCCUACCAAGUGGAGGGGCUCCCACACCACACACGUCACAGGCUGCACACACAUGGGAAUGACAGAAGCAGCGUCCACAUAUCGGCCGAUCCUCUCCCUCCCCGUGUCUCCGUGCGGUUCUCACCCCCGAGUGUCCCCUGAGCGGCACCCCCACAGGUGUCCCCUUCGGCCGCUCCCACACACGCACGCUGUGAUCCUGACGUAGAUGCACACACACAUAAUACAGGACAGUGGCAGGCUGCGGCUGUCUGUCUCCUCUCGCCCUGCUUCCCACGUACCAUCCCUGCUGAUGCGACUUUGGUAGCGUCCGGGCUCCAGGCGACACACAGCACCCAGUUGGUGUGGCCCUUGCACGUCGCGCCCGGCAGCUCGGUCGCCAAAUCCCACAGACGCACCUGACACACACAGGCAGCCAGCCAGAUGAGAUGAGUGUCUUUCAAUCAUCAUGCGAGCAUCGAUCCAUCCAUCCACGUCUGGCCGUCCUCACCGUGGUGUCCCCCGACCCCGACGCGAGCGACCUGCCGUCCGGACUGAAGGACACGCACAGCACCGCCUCGGUGUGACCUGAACACACACACACAUACGCACACACGAUGAAAUGAAUGGCUGGCUGCUUGUGACGAUGUUUGGUGCUGACUGACCUUCCAGCGAUGCGGUGCAUCGUGUGACGGGCCGCACGCGGAAGGCGGCGAGGGGGUGGUAAGUGAUGCGCAAAACACGCUCCGACGAACCCGCAUGACCCUUGAGCUGAGCGAAACUCUCGCGCAAUGUUGUCGAGAUCUGCGGGACAGAAUCACACACACAUGGAUCUUUGUGUGAGCAUGUAGGUGGAGAUUCUGUCACACCUCUACGGUGUUGUCGUCGAGCGUGAAUGAGUAGGGCUGUUUCUCCUCGUUGCUGAGGAGCUCGUUCAACAGCUGCUCAAGCUGAUCUUUCGUCGUCCUGCAGCCAACACAGUCAGCACACCACAAGCACACGCAGUUUCCAUGAAUGAAUUGCUCCCUCCGCAUCUCCCGUCGUGUCCUUCGCUGCAGCGUCCACUCACUCCAUGGACAGGUCGACCUGCGGUCCGUUUGCUGCGCCAUCGGGGUCGACAAACUGCACUAUCAGCUGAUCACUCGAACCUUCACCUGCCAUCAUUCCCUUCACCACUCUGAAUCGGG